AUGCGAUUUUGGGAGGACUUGGAUGAGGUGGUUAGAGGCGUGCCUAGCUCUGAGAAGAUUGUUGUAGCAGGGGAUUUUAAUGGACACAUCGAGGCAUUUCCGGGAGGCUUUGGCGAUGUGCAUGGUGGUUUUGGUUUUGGGGAGAGAAAUGAAGAGGGAGCUGCUCUAUUGGAAUUUUUGAGGUCCUUUGGGCUGAAAGUGGAGACUAAGAAGGGGGCAUAUGCAAAGUUGGUUGAGAGUAAGGAUGAUGAAGAGAAGGGGGCUUUUAGGGAGGAGUACAAGCUAGCAAGGAAGACGGCUAAGCUUGCCGUUACGGCAACUAAGACGGCAGUGUUUGAGAGCUUGUAUGUGGGGUUAGAAGAGAAAGGAGGGGAAAAAAGUUUGUUUGGACUGGCAAAGGCUAGGGACUAA